AUGAAUAUUUGGAAUAAAAAUGAAAUCAUCACGCCAGUUUCAGAGUAUUAAUUAAUGAAAGUAAAGUUGUUGAGUAUCAAUAAGUCAUAUCAGAAACAUCUGCAUCAGAUAAUAAAAAUCAAGGCUACUCCAGUUCAAGUUGAUUAGCCAUAUAUGAGGAAGAAAUAGGUGUGCAGCUUGAAAAAGGUACGGGAAGACCCAACAAUCAAGAAGGCUCUAGUAUCGCGGAUUCUAGAAAUCAAUCAUUGUCCAUCUUAUUAUGGGAAGUUGGACACAUCAGACAUCCCACGACCAUCAAAUUUGGGAUAGAAAAUAAUUGAUAUGAAGAGAUUGAUCGAAGAUAAUGAAUCCAUAGAGAGACGGUUAAGAUAAACUAGUUCAGUCAUCUCCUUUGAUAAGAUUAAAAAAGAGUAUAAAUAAAGCAAGAAAUAUCUGAAGAACAUCACUCAGAAUUCAAGGAGAAUUUACAAUUGCUUUUUGCCUUAGCAUUUCCGCUCCGAAACUCCAGUUCAAUCAAGAACAGUCGACAUAAGCAUCAGGAAACACAACAAAACACCCUUACCAAAAGUCUGA